GGCUACGACUGGAGCCUGGUGCCGAUGCCCGUGCGUGGCGGCGGCGGCGGCGCGCUAAAGACCAAGCCGCAUGUGAAGCGACCCAUGAACGCCUUCAUGGUGUGGGCACAGGCGGCGCGCCGUAAACUGGCCGACCAGUACCCGCACCUGCACAACGCCGAGCUCAGCAAGACACUGGGCAAGCUGUGGCGCUUGCUGAGUGAGAGUGAGAAGCGUCCAUUCGUGGAGGAGGCUGAACGACUUCGUGUCCAGCACAAGAAGGACCAUCCAGACUACAAGUACCAGCCACGCCGGAGGAAGAGUGUGAAAACUGGUCAGAGUGACUCAGACUCGGGGGCUGAGCUGGGCCACCACUCCAGUGGUACCAUGUACAAGGCGGACACAGGCCUCAGCGACACACACCACCACGGCGACCACACGGGCCAGACCCACGGGCCGCCCACCCCGCCUACCACCCCCAAGACAGACCUGCACCACCCAGGCACCACUGCUGGCAAGCAAGAGCUGAAGCUAGAGGGGCGCCGCCUGGUGGACAAUGGGCGCCAGAACAUUGACUUCAGCAACGUGGACAUCUCCGAGCUCAGCAGCGAGGUCAUCAGUGGCAUGGAUGCCUUUGAUGUCCAUGAGUUCGACCAGUACCUACCCCUCAAUGGCCACUCGGCCAUGCCCACAGAGCCCGGCCAGGCCAUCGCCACUGGCACCUAUGGAGGUGCCUCCUACUCCCACUCUGGGGCAGCUGGCGUCGGGGCAUCCCCUGUGUGGGCCCACAGGGGGACCCCAUCAGCCUCAGCAUCACCCACUGAGGCAGGAUCCCUGAGACCACAUAUCAAGACGGAGCAGCUGAGUCCCAGCCACUACAGCGACCAGUCACAUGGCUCACCCAGUCGCUCUGACUACGGCUCUUAUAGUACCCAGGCCAGUGUUACCUCAGCCACCCCCGCUGGGGCUGCUAGCUCUUUUGCCAGUGCACAGUGUGACUACACUGACCUGCAGGCCUCCAACUACUAUGGCCCCUACCCCGGCUACCCACCUGGCCUCUACCAGUACCCUUACUUUCACUCCUCCCGCCGGCCCUAUGCCUCACCGCUACUCAAUGGGCUGUCCAUGCCGCCUGCCCACAGCCCCAGCAGCACCUGGGACCAGCCUGUCUACACCACCCUGACCAGGCCCUGAGGCGCUGUGCAUUGUGGGAGGCCAGUGUCGACAGAGGAUGACCAGGUCUCCAGGGCCUCCCAGAGGGUGCGUACUAGCAAGGGAGCCAGUGUGGCCGUGCGUCAAGUGCCUGCUGAAGUCUGUGGGAAGCCAGGCUUUUGUCACCGGAUGUCCUGUUGCCUCUAGAUCGCCAUGCUUUUACCAAUGGACACUGUUGUUUCUUCUGCCUGAAGUGACUGGUGAUUCCAAAACGGUUGGCCAUUCAGUCCUUCCCAGAGGCCAGCACUUCCAUUUUGCAUCUAAGUAGAUGAGAAUUGACAGCCUCAGUGCAGAGGACAAAGGAGAAAAGGACCUGAGGUCCCUGAGAUGAGUAUGUUUUGAGGUGCCAGCCAGCUCCAAUGCCAAGCACCCCUGAGACCAAGGGAUGGUGUUUCUGCAGCAACAACAUGUCUGUGGACCUCAGGCUGCAUCCACUCGGGCAUCUCGAACCAGCUGGGAGAUCAAGGUAUUCCUUGAACUCAAGAGUUCUUCUCGGCAAGGUUUGGUUCUGACAAACACUUUUCUUUUUGGUGUUUUUUUUUUAAAUUUUUAUUUUUAAAGCUUAAAUGUGUUUGUUUUAAAAGUGGUUAAAGAUGUAUUUAUGUUCUCUAUUAUUUUAUCUUUAAUUAAUGACGUAAUUUGUGCAGAGAGUAGGAUUUAAGAGAGAUGAAAGAAAGCUGGAAAAGCUUUGCUCGAGGGGCAGGAGGGGAAGUGGUGGCAAGUGCUCAGUUUUUUAUUGCUGGGCUUUGGGAGGGCUGGAAGGACAAGGCUCUGCCCUGCAGUGUCUGAUGGGAGUGGACUGCCUGGCACCGGCACCAGGUUGGGCCUAGAAGGCAGGACCCUGUUCCUAGCCACCAGUGUGCCAAGUGGUAGAAGACAGGAAUUUCCUGCAAGUGGUAGAAUCGCCAUCAUCUUGGCUCUUGGGCGAUGGGCACCACCUACCAAGCUGUGAAACUAAACCUCCACUAAAUGUCUUUAGGUUCCUAGUUUCAGAGAAUAAUACGUGAUUUGCCUCCUGCUUCUGCUGUAUGCUAAGCAUAUAAUUGCCUACUUCAUGGAAACUUUGUGCCUUUGAAAUUUUGUAAAUUUAAAUACAUUUGAGAAGUUGCUUCUUUUUACUUUUUCUAUUUUUCUUACUUU